UAGGUGAAGCGCGAGGAGCGGGAGCGGGAGGUCGCGCGCUCCGGCCUCUCCCCCAGGGGCCGCGGCGGCUGGCUCGCGCUCCGGCUGCCCCUCCUGGUGCGCGCCGCAGCGGCGCCACAGGCCCCUCGACCCUUUGACCACCGCCCUCCGGCCGCCCGGCCCCCAGCGAGGACCGGCGAUGGCGCGGGACUGACGGCCUCCUCCCUCCGGACCCUUCUGUCCCUCCAGGGGCUCCCGGGGGCCGCGGCGCCGCCCCGACCUGCAUGUGGGGCGGGCGCGCCGGCGGCCAGAGCGAGCGGCCCUCGGCGCCCCCGAGGCGGUGCCCGGCCGCGCGGGAGAACCAGGAGGACGAGGAGGAGGAGGAGGAGCAGCGGGCCGGGCCGGGCUCCCCGAGCGCCGCCGCCCGGGAGCACGGGCUCUCCUGAGGGAGCUCGGGGCGUCCCAGCCCCGGAGGAGGGACCCGGAAGCAGAAGCGGAGCCGCGAGUCGAGCCGAGCCGCUGCCCCCGCUGCCCGCCGGCGCCGGGUGGGGGUCCCGGCGGCUGGAUGGGCGGCGGCGGCUUCGGCCGCGGGCGGCUAUGGGCGAGGAGCAGAGCACGGUGAGCGGCAGCGGCGGGCCCCUGGAGGCGCGGACCCCCCCUGGCGGCGCCACGGGCCACCCCGAGCCCCCGAGGCCGCCGGGGGACAGCACCGGGGCGCCCGGGCCGCGCGCCUCCUCCGCCGAGCCGAGCGGCGACAGCUGCGGAAGCGACUCGGGCUGCGCGGACACGAGCGUCCCGGAGCCCGCGAGAAGCCGGGGGGCCCCAAGCUGGAAGAAGAACCAGGCACCGGCGCAACCCGCAGGACUGGCCUACACCGGGCCCCUCAACCCCCAGGCUUUGCAACAGCAGCUGGCAAAGGAGGAGGAGGAAGCGAGGGACCGAAGCGAGAGAGGGGAUGAACAGCAGGAGGCGCCCCCCGGCGAGCAGCCGGAGCCCCGGACCCGCGUCGGGGCCCCAGACGGACUGGUCCUGGACGUGCUGGGCCAGCGGCGCCCGCCCCCCGCCAAGAGACAAGUCUUCUGCUCCGUGUUCUGCGUGGAGAACGACCUGCCCGAGGUCCCCUCGGCGGAGCGGCUCUCGCUGCCCGCGUCGCCACCCCGGGCUCCGCCGGUGACCAACCCUCCCAGCACCCCCUCCUCCUUCCCCAGCCCCCGGCUGUCGCUCCCAGCGGACACCCUGUCCCCCGACGGCGGCAGCAUCGAGCUGGAGUUCUACCUGGCGCCCGAGCCGUUCUCCGUGCCCAGCCUGCUGGGAGCUCCACCCUACUCUGGCCUGGGUGGGGUCGGGGAUCCCUAUGCGCCCCUCAUGGUGCUGAUGUGCCGGGUGUGCCUGGAAGACAAGCCCAUCAAGCCCUUGCCCUGCUGCAAGAAGGCCGUGUGCGAGGAGUGCCUCAAAGUCUACCUGAGCUCCCAGGUACAACUUGGCCAAGUGGAAAUCAAAUGCCCUAUCACAGAAUGUUUUGAAUUCUUGGAAGAAACAACGGUUAUCUAUAACUUAACGCAUGAAGACUCCAUCAAAUACAAGUACUUCUUGGAACUUGGCCGUAUUGAUUCCAGCACCAAGCCAUGUCCUCAGUGCAAGCACUUUACAACCUUCAAGAAAAAAGGACAUAUUCCUACCCCUUCCAGAUCAGAAAGCAAAUACAAAAUCCAGUGCCCCACUUGCCAAUUCGUCUGGUGUUUUAAGUGCCACUCUCCUUGGCAUGAAGGUGUUAACUGCAAGGAGUACAAAAAAGGAGACAAAUUAUUGCGUCACUGGGCCAGCGAAAUUGAGCAUGGGCAGAGGAACGCCCAGAAGUGUCCGAAGUGCAAGAUCCACAUCCAGAGAACGGAAGGGUGUGACCAUAUGACUUGUUCACAAUGUAACACUAAUUUUUGUUAUCGAUGUGGGGAGAGAUACCGCCAGCUCCGUUUCUUUGGAGACCACACAUCAAACCUCAGUAUAUUUGGAUGCAAAUACCGCUACCUCCCAGAGAGACCUCAUCUAAGGAGACUAGUGCGAGGGUCAGUCUGUGCUGGAAAAUUAUUCAUUGCACCUCUAAUUCUGGUCUUGGGAUUAGCACUAGGGGCCAUAGCAGUUGUAAUCGGUUUAUUUGUAUUUCCUAUCUAUUGCCUUUGUAAAAAACAGAGAAAACGAUCACGGACAGGAAUGCACUGGUAAAUGCAGAUGAUUUCAUCUGACUACGCUGGUCCGGGUAGGAGCUACACAGAAUUAUACACCUGUCUGAGGGUCACUUCUUGAAAACUGCCAAGAGGACCCUUUUGCCAUCUCUUCUCCUGUGUUCUGUGCAGGCCACAAUGCCUCUAGCUCCGGUGCAUUCCCGACAUGGUAUCCUGUCCUUUCCUUAUACAGAUUGCUGCUUUUACAAAAUGGUCACUUUCAUAGACUAUAAACAUCUAUAUCAUAACUCUGAUCUUCUUAAUGGUUCUUGGAAGAAAGUAUUUUAAUUAGAACCAGUUAUCCUCACAACUGUCUGAGCAUGCAUCUCCUGAGCAUUGCUUGGACCGUCUUUGUACCUGAAUCUCCCUCCAUGCCCUCUUCUGAGACUUGGUGUGAAUAACUGAAGGUCCCACCUGUACCAACAAGCAAGGCCACUUUUCAGAAGAUGAAGGCUCACCAUAUGCACCAAUUUUCAUCCGUGACCCAAGCAGUAUAAUUCCUUCAUCCUUCAGAUGCUAUAAUUGUUAAAAAUCUCAAUGCCCAAAAGGGAACUAAUGAAACUAAACGAAUGAGAAGAAUCAUAGUUACUGAAGUGUAUAUGUGUAGGGGUGUGAAUGUGUGUGUAUAUACAUAUCUGUAUUAAAACUAGGUCCAAUACCUUGUACUUGUCAAGUUCCAUGCCUACACUAUUUUUCCACAUUUUCAUAGACAUAUUUAAAAAUGAUUGUUCCUUUGUGGGCAUAAUUUGGUAAUGUACUGAAUUAAAGUCAACGUACACAACAGGCUAUUUUGAUGUUGACCAUUUCUAUUUCUUUCUCUCUCUCUCUCUCUCUCUCUCUCUCUCUCUCUCUCUCUCUCACACACACACACACACACACACACACACACACACAGAAAUUUGUGCAGUGUCACCUCAAGGAUUAUCAAACUUUAUAAACUGAUAAAACUAAUAGGCUGCUUCUAGGAAAUUCUCAAGACCUGAACGUUCUGUCUUCUUUUUCAGAUUUCUUAUAUGUUGGCAUACUUGCUUCACUCUAUAAUUAAUUUAAAUAAGUGUGCUGUAGAGAGAACUGCUGAGGCCUUUAAACAUAUCCCUAUUCUGCUAAUUUUUUAACCAACUUGUGAUUACAAUAAUUAUGCUUUAGGUUAAGCAUAUGAUAUUGUUUAAAACCCCACCCUCUCACCUCUCCUUUCCCUCUCUCUCUCUCUUUUACUCCUCAAGUUUUUCAUAAACACAAAUACUGUUUUUGAAGGAUUUUUCUUAUGUUUAUUGCUCAAAUGCAUAAUAAUGUGUUGGUAUUUUCUUAUGGAGGGGUGAUUUAAAACAAAACUUUUUGUAUUCCUGGGUUUAUCUAAAAUAUAAACUGCUUUUGGAGAAGGAAACAAAAAAAAAUGAAAAAAAUAUUUUCAGGAUGUUUUACCAAGCUGAGAAAUCUUUAAAAAUAAGGAAAGGACAAGUAACUAAACUGUGUUUUUUUUUUGUUUUCAUCACGAAUGUUCAUCAGCAGAAGGGAAUUAAAGACCUCUAAGAAGCUUAAAGUUUCCACUUGUCUCCAGAUCCUUAACAUUAGCUAUUGGCGUAGAUGUAGCAUUUAUUCUUCAACAACCUUUUCUGAAUUGAAAUAGAUUAUGUGAUAAAACAUGCAUUAACAUGGAUAGUUUGUCUUGCUGGGCUCCAGAGUAUAAGAACAUUUAUCAUUCUUAUUUGAUCUGGAAAGUCUGUAAUAGUGAAGUUUGCUUUCAUGGAUAACAAGCCAGCACUUCCAUCCUUUUCUGAGUAACGCUCAGAAAAGCUAUACUUUGGACUAGUCUAUUUCCAGUUAGAGGAGGGUGUGCCAUUUAUGGCCUGGAAUAGCAUAUUUCUAAAGCAUAACAUGAUACAAGAAGAAUCUAGUUUCACAAAUUCCUCUUUCCAUUCAUCCAACCAUCUAUCCAUCCAACAAAUAUUUAUUGAGUGCCUAUUCUACUUGCUCUAGUAUUAAAACUGAGAGAAUGGGAAUUUCUAGCCCUAAAUCCGUGUAAUUCUGUUAUAAAAGUGCUUAAUUUAUGUAAAUUGCCCUUUCCUAGACUUGGGUGUUAGUUUGACAAUGUGUGAAUAUGAUUAAUUCUAAAUCUAGUGGAUGUGUUUAUGUAUGUGUAUGUAUAUAUACUUAGACAUAUACAUAGCUGUAUAUGAAUACAUAUAUACCAUCUAGCUAAAUAAUAUACUCUCUGGUCCUGGAUAAUCUAUUUUCUUAGGUUAUUGUAUCUGUUGUCUUUGGCCUACUCAGGGAUUUUUAUUCCUUUCUUUGAAUAAUUUAUCUUUUGGAGAUAUUUUUAUAUUAUUUGGAAAUGUUCCAAUUUUCCACUUACAGAGCGGCGUUUGUUAUCAGUGAAGGCUCUUUCAUCAGCACUCACGAUAGUGUGCACAGUGCUCACAGGAUUUUCAUUUUUCUAUUGCAUAGAUUUAAAAAAAUUAACAUGUGCAUUUUUCGCUUUCAAAGUUGGUAUAUAUCAGGCCUUUCCCUGCUAGUGACUUAAAAUAGUUAUUUGUGAAUUUUUUUGCUAAGUAUCGUUAAGAUCUUAAAAAGGGAGAAGAAAAAUAAAAGAUCAUUUAUAUGUUAGUGCUAACUUGAAGUAAAACAAUCGCACCUUUUGGGGUAAAUUCUAAAAACGACUUUAACAAAAGCAGCAUGCGUGUAAGAUGAAUAUCUUUUUAUCCAAGGCUUGUCAUUUUUUGAUAUGUUUUCAUUGUAAAUUUAAUAUAUGCUCCUUUUAAAAAAAUCAAACUAUAUUGAAUUAUAAAAUACAACUUCCUCUGCUUUUCCCCACCCCUUAUUUUCUAGGGGUAACCACUGUUAAUAAUUUGGUAUGUGUCUUUCCAGAUACUAUCUAUAAAUAUACAAAUAAGUAUGCGUGUGUGUGUGUGUAUCUGUGUGUGUAUUCAUUUUGUAUAAAUAGAAUAAUAAUAUGCUUAC